AUGUCUGGUGUUAACAUUCAAAUUAUUAAUUCAACAAAUAUCGAUAAAAAUAUUUAUAAACUAUCUGCUUGUGAUAUUCGUAAUCUUACAUAUUAUCUUCAUGUACAAAGUCAUCCAUUCAUAAACAUAGAAAAUAUUGGAAAAAAUGAUCAAGAAAAUAUGUCUGUUGGUCUUGAUUUAAAUAAAAAAUCUACGAAAAAUUCUCAACCAUUAACUGAUACCUAUCGAAUUCAUCAUAAUUAUCGACCUAAUAGUCAACGUCGUCGUCCAUAUACAAAACAUGUUCCUGACAAACCGAAAAUAUCAUUGUCUCUUGAUCCUAAUAGAAAACUUUGUCUUGAAAUUGCUACAUGUGGUAUGAAAAAAAAUACACGAUUACCAGUACCACAUAAGAAUUUUUCUUUAAUUGAUGGAUGUUUUGGUGAUGAUGCUGGAUUUAUAAUACAAAAAGAUCAAAGAAAUUUUUUAGGUAUAUCUGAUGGUGCCGGUGGUAAUCUAAUGUAUGGCUAUAAUCCUCGUCUUUUUUCUGAAUCAUUAAUGCGUAAUUGUUCAGAUUUAGCUCAUACAGGAAAGUAUUGUACAUCUCAACCUAAACGUCUCUUAUGUCAUGCAUUCGAUCGUGUUCAAACGGAAAAUUGUUUUGGUAGUGCAACAGCAUGUGUUCUUGGUAUUGAUUGUACCACAGGUCGACUAUGUUCAGUGAAUAUUGGUGAUUCAGGUUUUGUUAUUGUACGACAAGGUUGUGUUAUUUAUCGAUCACGAUCACAAGCAAUGGAUGGAGAUUGUCCACGACAAUUAGAUGUUUAUCCAUGGACUGCAUCAUUGAAAGGGCAUGGUAUAAAUUAUACGCAAAUAUCAAGUCUUGAUGCUAUCUGUGAUACAUUCGAAUUGCAAUUAGAUGAUAUAAUUAUUCUAUCUACUGAUGGUCUUUUUGAUAAUGUUCCUAAUUUUCUAAUCGAAAAAAUUCUUUCUCAAAAUCAUUCUUUAAAAAAAUCUGCGAACGAUUUAGUUACUCGAGCCGUACGAUAUUAUGUUAAACCAGAUGAUAUUCUUGUUAUAAUGGCACGAAUUACAUCGAUUAAUAACUCUAUAUCCAAACAAUCAAAAUAA